AUGGCGACCGCUCUUCCCCUCGCCACAGUGAAGCCUGUACCCGAAAACAUAAUAGAAAACCAGAAGAGAAACAUUUACAUGUCAAGAGCAAGUCCUCCGAGUGUCCUCAAAGCGUAUUAUGAGCAAUUUGAAAAAGACUUCUUGAAGUUUCUACAAUGUCGAGCCAUGGAAAUGAUAGAUGGUGGUAAAAUGGUUUUAACUUUACUAGGAAGACAAAACAAUCAAUAUUGUUAUGCCAAGGAAUCGAGUUACUCGUUAGAGCUCCUCUCGAAUGUUCUCAAUGAUAUGGUUUCUGAGGGUAACAUAGAUGAAGCAAAGCUAAACGCAUUCAAUAUCGCGGUAUACACACCAUCACCAUUAGAACUAGAGUUUCUAGUGAAAAAAGAAGGGUCUUUUAAUUUUGACAGCACUUUAGACGACACUUCUGAUCAAUAUGACUUUACAACAUGUAUGAGAUCUGUGCUUGAGCCUUUGAUUAUUGCUCAUGUUGGCCAAGAAAUCGUAGACGAGGUGUUCGAACGAUACAGGGAAAAAGCUCGAGUUUCGAUGGCUGAAGAGAACAAUGUCCUCACCAAUGUUGCCAUUUCCCUGACCAGAAUCUCUAGGGUUAGGGGCUGA